GUGUGGACUACAGGCUUUGCCCACAAAUUAACGUUCUUGAUGGCGCCAUGACCGACAUACGUGAUGCAUGUGCGUGGGUACAGAGAGACCUGCCCGCCAUCACGAGGUCCAAAGGCAUCGAGAUAGACCCGAGAAAAGCCAAUAACGAUGGGGAAGAACCACGGCUACCGCACCAUGCCUCUUGGCGAGGCUCGCAAGUUGCUCCCGUCUCAACCGGAAACCGGCCAUGCACCCAACAGCCUUGAUACGACCAAGCUCGGCUGGGUCCGGGCCGGCGAUCCACGUUCCGAGCUCGUCCUCGCCCUCGUUAAGGAGGAGAGGGGCAUGGCGCUCCUAUUCAACGACAAUCCCCUCGACAGCGACGAGCUUCCGUAUCCAGACGCCGAUCGCGCGGCGGCCUUUAGCCCGCUUGUUCAGGUUCGCAAGGGAAACUACUCAACUCCGACGUACCUGGUCUUUGGAGACGAGGAUGAGAUCGCACCGUUUAGCAAGGGGGUCGAGUUCUCGCGAGCGAUGGAAAACCACGGCGUCGAGGGCGGGUUUUUGGCUGUUAAAGGUGCCAAACAUAUCUACGACCUCGACUUGGCUCCCGGAAGUGAGGGCUGGAAGAUGGGGGUAGGCCCGGGCUACGACUUCCUCUUGAACCAGAUUGAGAAGGCUCACCUCCGUCGGUUGUGAGCUAGGCUAACAUGACCAAGGUAGUUUUCAGCGAUUUCCUUGCUUUUCUUUCUCUUUUUCUCUCUUUUUCGAAACAAGAAUUUGACAUAUAGAUACGCAUUGGAUUGCUUUGGAGGAAACUUGUUUGUAUAGUUAGAGGC